GCCGUGCCCCGGGAGCGGCGCCUCGUGCGGACCAGGGCGUCCCCUCCGGCUCCCUCAGGGGCUCGGAGUGGCGGCUGGGCGGCGCUCGGUGAGAAGUUAGCUCCGGACGGGCGGGCGCAGCCAUGGAGCCCCGCAGCGCGGAGUACUUCAGCGCCCAGGUGCUGCAGAAGGAGGUGGGCAGCCGACUGCAGGCCGGCUCGGAACUCCUGCUCUACCUCGGCUCCCCCAGCGCCAUCCCGGAUCUGGAGGAAGACCCGAGCCGCUUGGAUAAGAUCGUGGACGCGCUCGUCGGCUGGGUGGGCUCGAGCAACUACCGGGUAUCAUUAUUAGGAUUGGAAAUUUUAAGUGCCUUUGUGGACAGAUUAUCAACACGAUUUAAAUCCUAUAUACCACUGGUUAUUGUAGCUUUAGUAGACAGAAUGGGAGAUGCCAAAGACAAAGUUCGAGAUGAAGCUCAAACUCUGAUAUUGAAGUUAAUGGAUGAAGUAUCAACACCAGCAUCCAUUUGGGAACAGUUGGCUUCUGGUUUUAAGCACAAGAAUUUUCGAUCACGAGAAGGCGUGUGUCUGUGUCUUAUUGAAACCUUAAACAAUUUUGGAGCUCAGUCACUCCUCAUCAACAAGCUGGUACCACAUUUGUGUGUCUUAUUUGGAGAUUGCAACAGUCAGGUGAGAAGUGCUGCACUCUCAGCUAUAGUAGAGAUUUAUAGACAUGUAGGAGAGAAAUUGAGAAUUGACCUUUAUAAGAGAGGAAUUCCUCCUGCCAGAUUAGAAAUAAUAUUUGCCAAAUUUGAUGAAGUGCAAAAUUCGGGCAGUAUGAUUUUGAGCAUCUGCAAAGAUAAAAGCUUUGAUGAUGAGGAAUCAGUGGAUGGAAAUAGGCCAUCAUCAGCUGCUUCAGCCUUCAAGGUUCCUGCACCUAAAACACCCGGAAAUCCUGUCAACAGUGCAAGGAAGCCUGGUUCAGCAGGUGGCCCUAAGGUUGGAGCAGGUGCUUCUAAAGAAGGAGGGGCUGGAGCCGUUGAUGAAGAUGAUUUUAUAAAAGCUUUUACAGAUGUCCCUUCUAUUCAGAUUUAUUCUAGUCGAGAACUUGAAGAAACAUUAAAUAAAAUCAGGGAAAUACUGUCAGAUGACAAACAUGACUGGGAUCAGCGUGCCAAUGCACUUAAGAAAAUCCGAUCACUGCUUGUUGCUGGAGCUGCACAGUAUGAUUGCUUUUUCCAACAUUUGCGCUUGUUGGAUGGAGCACUUAAACUAUCAGCUAAGGACCUUAGAUCCCAGGUGGUCCGGGAAGCUUGUAUUACUGUGGCCCACCUUUCAACAGUUUUGGGAAACAAGUUUGAUCAUGGCGCUGAAGCCAUUGUACCUACACUUUUUAAUCUUGUCCCCAAUAGUGCAAAAGUCAUGGCAACUUCUGGAUGUGCAGCAAUCAGAUUCAUCAUUCGGCAUACUCAUGUACCUAGGCUUAUUCCUUUAAUAACAAGCAACUGCACAUCAAAAUCAGUUCCAGUGAGGAGGCGUUCCUUUGAAUUUUUAGAUCUGUUGUUACAAGAAUGGCAGACUCAUUCCUUAGAAAGACAUGCAGCUGUCUUGGUUGAAACAAUUAAGAAGGGAAUUCAUGAUGCUGAUGCUGAGGCCAGAGUGGAGGCAAGAAAGACAUAUAUGGGUCUUAGAAACCACUUUCCUGGUGAAGCUGAAACAUUAUAUAAUUCUCUUGAGCCGUCUUAUCAGAAAAGUCUUCAAACUUACCUGAAGAGCUCUGGCAGUGUAGCAUCUCUACCACAAUCAGACAGGUCUUCAUCUAGUUCACAAGAAAGUCUAAAUCGCCCUUUUUCUUCCAAAUGGUCUACAGCCAACCCUUCAACUGUGGCUGGAAGAGUAUCAGUGGGCAGCAGCAAAGCCAGUUCCCUUCCAGGAAGCCUGCAGCGUUCCCGAAGUGACAUUGAUGUGAAUGCUGCUGCUGGUGCCAAGGCACAUCAUGCAGCUGGACAGUCUGUGCGAAGUGGUCGGUUAGGUGCAGGAGCCCUGAAUCCAGGAUCCUAUGCGUCUCUAGGCCGGGUGAGAGCAAAGCUUUCAGCACCACUUGCUGGUAUGGGAAAUGCCAAGACAGAUUCUAGAGGAAGAAGCCGAACAAAAAUGGUGUCUCAGUCUCAGCCUGGCAGCCGAUCUGGAUCUCCAGGACGAGUUCUGACCACAACAACCCUUUCUACUGUGAGCUCUGGUGCUCAAAGAGUCCUGGUCAAUUCAGCAUCUGCACAGAAAAGAAGCAAAAUACCACGGAGCCAGGGCUGCAGCAGAGAAGCUAGUCCAUCUAGGCUUUCAGUGGCCCGAAGCAGCCGUAUUCCUCGUCCAAGUGUGAGUCAGGGAUGCAGCCGAGAAGCUAGUCGAGAGAGUAGCAGAGAUACAAGUCCUGUCCGCUCUUUUCAGCCCCUUGGUCCAGGGUAUGGGAUCAGCCAAUCGAGCCGACUGUCAUCUUCUGUCAGUGCCAUGAGAGUCCUGAAUACUGGGUCCGAUGUGGAAGAAGCAGUAGCUGAUGCCUUGAAAAAACCUGCUCGAAGACGAUAUGAAUCCUAUGGAAUGCAUUCAGAUGAUGAUGCCAACAGUGAUGCUUCUAGUGCUUGUUCAGAACGCUCCUAUAGUUCUCGAAAUGGUAGUAUUCCUACAUAUAUGAGACAGACGGAAGAUGUGGCAGAAGUUCUCAAUAGAUGUGCUAGUUCCAAUUGGUCAGAAAGGAAAGAAGGCCUCCUGGGUCUGCAAAACUUAUUAAAAAAUCAAAGAACUCUAAGUCGAGUUGAACUGAAGAGGUUAUGUGAAAUUUUCACAAGAAUGUUUGCUGAUCCUCAUGGCAAGAGAGUUUUCAGCAUGUUUUUGGAGACUCUAGUAGAUUUCAUACAAGUCCACAAAGAUGAUCUUCAGGAUUGGCUGUUUGUACUGCUGACACAGCUGCUGAAAAAAAUGGGUGCCGAUUUGCUUGGGUCUGUUCAGGCAAAAGUUCAGAAAGCCCUAGAUGUUACCAGAGAAUCUUUUCCAAAUGACCUUCAAUUUAAUAUUCUAAUGAGAUUUACGGUUGAUCAGACCCAGACACCAAGCUUAAAGACAGUCAAGCCAGCACUUCGGGACCAGAUUCACUGUUUUUGGAGCUCUAAGGUGAAGGUUGCUAUUCUUAAAUACAUAGAAACUCUGGCCAAACAGAUGGAUCCAGGCGAUUUUAUAAAUUCCAGUGAAACUCGACUGGCAGUGUCUCGGGUUAUCACUUGGACCACAGAACCCAAAAGCUCUGAUGUUCGGAAGGCAGCACAAUCAGUGCUGAUUUCUUUAUUUGAACUUAAUACCCCAGAGUUUACAAUGUUAUUAGGAGCUUUACCAAAAACUUUUCAAGAUGGUGCUACCAAACUUCUUCAUAAUCACCUUCGAAAUGCUGGCAAUGGAACGCAGAGUUCCAUGGGAAGUCCUUUGACAAGACCAACACCUCGAUCACCAGCCAACUGGUCCAGUCCUCUUACAUCUCCUACCAAUACAUCACAGAACACUUUAUCUCCAAGUGCAUUUGACUAUGACACAGAAAACAUGAACUCUGAAGACAUUUAUAGUUCUCUUAGAGGAGUCACUGAGGCAAUCCAGAGUUUCAGCUUCCGCAGUCAAGAGGACAUGAGUGAGCCACUGAAAAGGGACCCUAGAAAAGACGAUGGUGACUCCAUGUGUGGUGGUCCUGGUGUGGCGGACCCAAGAGCCGGAGGCGAUGCAACUGACUCAAGCCAAACAACUAUUGAUAAUAAAGCAUCAUUGCUCCACUCCAUGCCUGCUCACUCUUCUCCACGAUCUCGAGACUACAAUCCCUAUAACUAUUCGGAUAGCAUCAGCCCCUUCAACAAAUCUGCCCUCAAGGAAGCCAUGUUUGAUGAUGAUGCUGACCAGUUUCCUGAUGAUCUUUCCCUAGAUCAUUCUGACCUAGUUGCAGAGUUGUUGAAGGAAUUGUCUAACCACAAUGAACGUGUAGAAGAAAGAAAAAUUGCCCUCUAUGAACUGAUGAAACUAACACAGGAAGAGUCUUUCAGUGUUUGGGAUGAGCACUUCAAAACAAUACUACUUUUAUUGCUGGAAACUCUUGGGGACAAAGAGCCUACAAUCAGAGCUUUGGCAUUAAAAGUUUUAAAAGAAAUUCUAAGGCAUCAGCCAGCAAGAUUUAAAAACUAUGCAGAACUGACUGUCAUGAAAACAUUGGAAGCACAUAAAGACCCUCAUAAAGAGGUGGUGAGGUCUGCUGAGGAAGCGGCAUCAGUGCUGGCCACCUCUAUUAGUCCAGAGCAGUGCAUCAAAGUGCUGUGCCCUAUCAUUCAGACUGCAGACUACCCCAUUAAUCUGGCUGCGAUCAAAAUGCAAACAAAGGUGAUCGAGAGAGUAUCCAAGGAAACCCUUAACCUACUCCUACCAGAGAUUAUGCCAGGCCUAAUACAGGGUUAUGAUAAUUCGGAGAGCAGUGUUCGGAAAGCUUGUGUCUUCUGCCUAGUAGCUGUUCAUGCAGUAAUUGGUGAUGAGCUAAAACCACAUCUCAGUCAACUCACUGGCAGUAAAAUGAAGCUACUGAACCUUUAUAUCAAACGUGCACAGACGGGUUCAGGAGGGACUGAUCCCACUAAUGACGUUUCUGGACAAAGUUAGCAGCAAUCAUCAGUGAAGCAGGUCUCUCAAGGACAGACAGACCACCCUCAUCAGUGAAAGGAAAUUCUCAAAAUACAUCUUUUGGAACUUAACCAUUGUUUCCCGGUUUUUGUUUUUUUGUUUCAUUUCAUUUUGUAUUUUCUGUAACAGAGAGCUAUCCUCAGUCUGCAUGUAACUUUUAUGAUAGUUAUUCCAAAUUCAAAAAGAAGCAGUAUUAACAAUUGAUCAAUACAAAGUAAUUUUUUAGUCUAACUCACCAUUUCACAUGUUUGUACUUCUUUGUCUUCCCAUUAACCUUUGCCAGUGUUAUGAUUGUAUAAAUUUUUUUAAAUACUGGUUAAACCGGAAUGCUUAAAGCUUUAAAAGUUUUAACAGUCUAAAACAUUUUUUGUCUUUAUUCAACUGCAGAAUAAUAUUUUUAUUGCUACUUUGAGUUUUGUUCCAUAUCAUGUCCUAGCUAGAAAUAUUAUUAAUGACGUGAAACAAAGCAGGACUGAUUUGAACUUCAGCUGGACUCUGUUGGUAUGAUGGUGAGCCAUGUCAUUAGUUGCAACUUCUUCGGGGUCAUUUGUAGUUUGAAAAUGAAGACCUGGAAGAGAAACAUUACAGAAUCAGCCAGUUCUGUAAAACUGCUGUUGUUUGUUGGUUAUUGAUCUUGCCAUCAUUAUUUAAAACCAUGUCCUUCUAUGAUCCCUUCAGAAAGCUGCACCAAAUCAUCUGCCUGUUUUUUUCUUGAUACUUGUUGAAAUGGAAAGUUUCAUUGCAGGGUUUUUGUGUUGUUUUUUUGUUUGUUUAUUUUGUUGUGAAUGAUGCUUUUUUUGUAUUUAUUAAUAUCAGAUUCACUUAUGAAUAAACUUGAUAAUGGAAACAGACAAAAGAAUCAAGUGCAUGUGUGUCCUUGAGUGUCUUCUGUUUCUCACUUAGUAAAACCAACUAAUUAUUGAUAUGGAGUCAACCAGCACUAUUUCCUGAAAAUGAUGGAAGCUGGAUUUUUCUAACCAUGAAAACAUUGAUCCUGAUGAGAGAGAAGAUGGUGCCAAGGCUGUCUUGUAAUAAUGGGCUCAAAUUCUCUACCUCUUCAGGGCUAAUGCUUUUAACUGAGCUGCUGCCUGUAAUAUGUCUUUCAGAAAACUAUUUAAAGGGUGAUUUCUGUUAGUUUUUAACAAAAAUUUUAAUCACCUUUUGCUAAACCUGUUCUUUUCAUAUGCAGCCGUCUCAAAAAUGACCAGUUUCAGUGAAAGCCAACUGAAAUCAUUUGGAACCAGGAUUCAAUGAUUUCUCAUUUUGACUUUUUUUUUAUUUAAUUUUAACAUGAAGUGAAUUUGACUGGCAAGGCAAAGGUCUGUGAGAGGAGCAAUUUGCUAUUGUUACAGAGUUACCUGUACUAUCUUUGUUUAAUUGAAAAAAAAAUGUAGAAAUGUAUGUAAAGAAUCUAAGACAAGAGAACUGAAUGGGUGAUUUGUUAUAGGCUUUUCCCUUCCUUUGUGUUCUAGCAGCAAGAAAAGACAUUUCCCAAUAUUCUCUCCCCUCACCUGUAACAGCUUUGUUUUUACUGUUACUGUUAAUUACGUUGUGUAUUUAUAGUUCAAUGCUUACUGUUGUGCAUAUACUGGCAAUAAAACUGUACAUAACAUUA